AUGGAGUUGAAUAAUGCUACUGAAGUUCAGGAAUUCAUUUUGCUGGGAUUUAGAAGUCAUCAGCAGAAUCGACUCCUGCUCCUUGCCUUUUUCACCACUCUGUACAUGCUCACGUUGGUGGAGAACAUCACCAUUAUCACUGUGGUGCUUCUGGAUGCUCAGUUGUCCCAGCUUCCCAUGUACAUCCUACUGAGCAAUUUCUCCUGGAUGGAGAUGUGUUAUGUGACCACCACGGUGCCCAGAAUGCUCUUUGACAUGGCUUACGAUAAUGGGACCAUCUCCUUCCAUGCCUGUUUCCUUCAGUUCUACAUCUUCUUUUCUCUUGGCAAUACUGAAUGCUUUUUCCUCUCAGCCAUGGCUUUGGACCGAUACCUGGCCAUCUGCCACCCACUGCAGUACCCACAAAUGAUGUCCAAAGAUACCUGCUAUGCCCUGGUGGCUGCUUGUUGGAUUGUGAGCUUUGUGUGGUAUCCUAUCCCAGUGGUUUUGAUCUCCAAGUUAUCCUUCUGUGGACCUAACAUCAUUGAACACUUUUUGUGUGAUCCUGGUCCAAUCCUGGCCUUGGCUUGCCCUCCGUUAGGAAAUGUCCCCUUUAUCUGCCAGAUUUUCAUGAAUGUGUUGUUUGUAUGCAAUGUUUUAUUUGUUCUGCUAUCUUACAGCACUAUCAUUCAGAGUCUGAUUAAAGCUUCCAGCCGAGGCAACUAUAGGAAAGCCUUCUCCACUAUCUCUUUCCAUAUAAUGGUAGUGAUACUUUUCUAUGGCUCAGUAGCAGGAAUGUACUUAAUUCCAGGUGGAGAAAGACAGUCAGAGCUCACUAAAGCAGUGACGCUCUUCUACACUGCCAUUACUCCCUUUCUUAAUCCUCUGAUCUAUUGCCUGAGGAAUGAGCAGAUGAGAGAGGCUCUCAGAAAUUUAUUCAAGAGAAAGAAGAGAUGGUUAAUGAGAAAGGUGGUGCUUUAA